AGGCGGGUCUGUCAGGCAGUUGUGCAGUCACCUAAAGACGGUCAAGCCGGCCUUCGGGGGUCUUUGUGGCUCUGAAGGAGGGAUUGGCCCAGGCAUGUCCCACCCUCUGCAGUAUCGGAUUAGCUCAUUGGUCCAGCCAGCCUGACCAUCCUGCAGUAUCCGAACAGUGCGUUGGCCUCUGCCAGUAUCAGCUCAGGCCAUUGGUCCUGCCCAGCAUCCCGGCCCAUGAGCCCAUUGGUCCAUCUAGCCCCCAGUUCAUGAGCUCAUUGGUCCAUUUAGCCCAGUGUCCCCAGCCUGUCAGCCCAUUGGUCCCCCACAGCCCCUGCAGUGGCCAAUCUCUGAUGAGGCUACAGAGGGAACCAAACUCCCAUAAUGCACCUGGGCAAGAGGUCAAUGCUCAGGGCCAGAGCCAGGGCUGGUGGAUGGAGAGGGUGGGCAGGGCAGGGCAGGGAAGCAGAGCGGGUCCCUAGGCAGGCCUGGAAGCGCGGCUGGGGCCAGACAGACAGAUGGCGUCUGGCCUUUGACUGCCCCCUUGCGGGUGGGGCACGUUCAGGGAGCAGAACUCUGGAGGGGUAUCGUCUGUGGGAAUCUCCCAUCAUGCUCCGCUCCAGGAGGAUGGGCUCAGACAGGAAGGGCUGCUUGGCUUGGCUUGUGGGUUAAGACACUGGGCUGGGACCCAGGAGAUUUUGGUUUCAAUGCUCAGCCCUGCUACAGACUCCCCUGUGUGAGUCACUUCAUCAGAGAAUGAGCCCUUCCCUGCCUCACAGGGCUGCUGGGAAGAUCAAUAUUUUCAUGGGGCUCAGAAGCCGUAAGGAGUGGGGCCGGAUAAGGACCUUGCUAGGCAGAGGGGGGAAGUGGUAUUUUUCUAUCAGCCCUGCUCCCCUCUCACCGUGCAACGGAAUUGGAAGGAGGGGGCUGGGACAGAGCCAUGACGGAGUCCAUCUUGCUGCUGCGACGAACAAGAAGCAGCCGCCGGUAUCCAAGGGACGCAGAUGAACUUUCGGUCACAAUAAUUUGGCGUCUCAUGAGUGUGGCCGUCAGAGAUCCUCCACAGAAUAAGGCUGGCUGGAAACCACAUAUGAACUGCCAUAGGCACAAGCAAGGCUGAUGUCUGCCUAGUAGGGGGCUGUGAUGGACACAUGCUCCACACACCGCUUGUGUGUACACAUGUUAUCUACCCAUGCACAAACAGCACUCAUGCAAACAACACUUGAACACACAAAUUUACAUGUGAUGGCUACUAUCUUGGCCAACAUACCGAAUACUGAACAGGGAACUUUGUGAGUUUCUACAAUUUAAGCUAAAGAGCCAAGCUCUCGGGCUGAGAGCUCUAAGAGACGCACACCCUCUGGGUUGGGCGCAGAGGGAGAAUUCAUAACACACAUGCACACAUAAGACCAUGUGCAGGUACAGAUACAUGUGCAUCAUCUCACCUCUGAUAUUCAGCGAGUGCAUUUCUACCUGUGCUUGUUCGUUCUACUUGUCUCCACUGCUAACCUUCAACUGGGGCGUCUUCCCUUUCAGCUCGUCAUGAGGUUAUUCAUCAUUUCCUGUCAAAGUGUUGUGCAAGCAGUGCUGUGUCCCACUUCAGUAAUGGGGGAAGUGAUUCCCAUAUAACUUGUAAAGUAUUUGGAGAUUUAGAGAAAUAUAAAUGGGUCGUAGCCUUGGCCUGAAAGCUGCAGUCCAUUGAUGUACGGUAAGAUCACAGGAAACUGUCACAAGAUUUAGGGCCUGAGUGAGAUCUUAGUUUUGCUUGCUGUAAAUCUGGAGUAACUCCAUUGACUUUACACUUGAGGUCACUGAUUCUGGCUCUCAGUAACGCUGAUGAAGUCAGUGGAAUCACACCAGUAUCAGAUUGGCGUGAGAAGAGAAUUGUGCAUGUAAUUACACCAGGGCUGAGGUCGCUGGCAGUCUCAGCCCUUUGGCUUUUAUGUGAGGCUUUACAUUCUCAUUGCCGUAGGAAAAGGAAGAAAAGCCCUUUUACGUUCCGGGACGUUCCGUAAUUUCCUCCCGAGAUGGUGAAAUUCCAUCUUGGGCAAAACUUCCUUCUCCUUUCCGGGUACUUCUAGCUAGGAACUUUCCAUGCAUGUUGGGCUCCUACUGUCUAGUCACCAAAGACCCAGGACGCUCAGCAGAAAGAUGAGCCUGAGGAUUCUCUUUCUCUUAGCUGGCUCGUUGGCAGGUCCCAGCCUAACUCCCGCCCCACUUUUUUACUUGGACGUGUCUUCUGACCCCCCUGCCCGAGGAGACUCCGCCCGGCUCGUCUGCAUCGCGCCGAGUGCCUACGUGGAGAGCGAGUUCUGGUUGCUGAAGACGGACCUAGCUCAGCCUGUACAGACGCUGUUUGCCUCGGAGGCCCAGCACCAAGUCACCUUCAUCCUGGGGAACGUCACCGGGAAGGACACCGGGCAGUACCGGUGCCAGUACCGCCGCUACAACGGGAGUGCCUGGCAGAUGUCAAAGUUCAGCAAUGUGGUGGAGAUCGCGGUGGCAGCAACUCCGACUGCUCCUCCCCCAGCUUCCACGGCUGCUCCAGAAGGUUCCCCGUGGCUGCUCCCUGUGACCCUCAGCGUGGCUGGAGCUUUGCUUCUGACCGUGGGCCUAGUGGUAGCAGUUGUGGCAGUCAGGCGAGUUAACGCCAGAAGACAACAGCUGAAAAGGGAUCAGGAAUCGUGCUGGACAGAAAGGAACUUUCCCACAACAGACAUGUCGUUCGAUAAUGGCCUGUUCACCGUCUCAGUGACCAUGGACCUGGAAGCCACAGGCAGCCAAGAUGCCUACAUCUCCCCAGGCUCCAGGAAAAGCCUCCGCUCCACUUCCUCUCUGGGAACCAACAGCUUCAGCACGUUCAAGUCCUUGCAAUGAGGGCCCGGGUGGAGGCCGGCCCCGGAUGCUCCAGCUAGCGACCCCCUGGUCCCGGCCCCAGCCCUUUCCUUAGUCCUUCCUUGGGCUCGGAGUCUCCCCCAGAACAGGGCAUCUGCCAGAGGGGCCAUUACGGGGGUGCGAGAGGAGAAUGAGCUUCAGUUAAGCCUCGUGCCUUGCUGUGCGCCUCCAGGAUCACGUGACAUGGACACCAUGAAAAGACGCCCAGACUCUAGUCUACCUCCCGCACCGUGAGCAGCGUCACCGGCUCAGCCCUGGCAGCUGACUCGAUCCCUGGGGGAGAUGCUAGAAGUAGGAAGAGACCAGCUGGGGUUGCAUAUCUUUGGGGCAGGAUUCGUGUGCCUGGCAGUGGAUUCUUCCACCGUAGCCAGAACGACAUUCACACCAGCCAGCCAACCCUUUCCACCCCUCCACAAUCCCUUUCCUCCAAGCAGCGCUUCCCCAGGAUGACCUGACACGGGGGGAGAGCCAAAGACUCCAUAAAGUCCAUUGCCGUGAAGGCUGUCGUCAGACUAUCGUACACGGAAGGCGCUCCUGGAUUGCGGUGAUGAGCAGCAGCUGUAAACCUGAGAUGGACAGAGGAUGCACAUAGGGAUGGAUAGAUAGAGGGGUGUGGAUGGACGGGUGUGUCUGGGGAUGGACAUAUGGGGACGGAUAGAUGGGUGGGUGGGAGUGGGGAUGGAUGGAUGGAUGGAUGGAUGGAUAUGCGGCUGUGUCUGGGAAUGGACAGUUGGAUUUGCACACCAAACACAUUUCAUCUGGAAUCACGGAGGAGAGAACGAGCGUGGAAGCCCCAAAGGAACUGGUUUCCCGCCUAACUCCCCCCAACUCGAACUCCCUUGUCUUCUGCCUGAGACUUUCACUGAGGGGCUUUGCAGAAUGUUUAUACGUUUGCUUUUUGUUUCUGUAGGAAGUGAGUGUGGUCUAGCGAUUAGACCAGGGAGCCAGGACUCCUGGGUUCUAUACCCAGCUUGGGAUGUGACCUUAGGAAAGUCUCUUCCCCUCUCUGUGGCAGAGUUUCCCUAUCUGUAAGAGGGAUGAUAAUGACCCCCCCCCAGGAUUGUUUCCCAGGCUCUUUGAAGAUAUUAAGCACUAAGUGUUACAGUGUCUCCAGCUGCCACUGGAAACUGUAAGGUCAUUUUCUGAUUCAAUAAAGAUGUAAAUUUGUUGUUGGGCGAGGGGUGAACUGUUCUGGAGAAUUCUCUGUCUCCUUGUUGAUGAGCUGGAGAAUGUGUCUUGUCACUACUGCCCUCUCCUGGAUGGGAUGAGAGCUGUUUGGCUGGGUGUCACAAGCCCUAUACUGCUAACAACAAGUGGUGAUCCUCUUUUCACUCAGGCAGGAUGAGAUGAUGCAUUUGGGACAGAAGGAACCGGGUUUUCACGGUCUGCCGCAGCGUGGCAAGGGCUGUGAAGAGUCGUGCUCCAGAGCCCAAGGUUUAGUUCUUUAAAAUCAAAUCUCGCUCGCCCUUCACGGUGUGAGC